GAUGGGGCCUGCCCAAGCCAGGGCAUGAGGCCAGACCGCCUGGUCAUAGGUAGGCAAGGAUGGAGGUGGGAUGUGGAGGCCAUGGGGAGCCACGGUUGGGUGUUAUGAGCAGGGCUGUGUCCCCAGGGGCGGACAGGUAGACCAGGUCCAGGAGCAGGGGCCUUCCGAAGUGCCAAAGGCGCCAGUAGUAGUAGGGACCCCUGGGGCCAGGGGAGUGCCCUCCCUUGGGGAAAUGAGCUGUGACUGGGGGAAACGGCAGUGAUGGCACAGUUUUUGUUUCUUCCAACUAGGCCGGCUCGCUGGGGCUGCCCCUGUGCCCAUGAUGGGGAUGGGGAUGCUGAGGCCCAGUGGAAUCCCCCGGCCCCAAGAUGCCAGCAGGGAUGGCUGUCCUUGUCCCAUGCUCCAGCUCUCCCCGAUGGAGGCCACAGCCGAGUUCGUGGUCGAGAGCCCCGACGUGGUCUACGGCCCCGACGCCAUCGAGGCUCAGUACGAGUACCGGACGACGUGCGUCAGCCGCGAGGAUGGUUUCCUCAAGGUGUACCCCACGUCCACGCGCUUCACCUUUCGGACCGCCCGGCAGGUGCCCCGGCUCGGGGUCAUGCUCGUCGGCUGGGGCGGGAACAACGGCUCCACGCUCACCGCCGCCGUGCUGGCCAACCGGCUGCGCCUGUCCUGGCCCACGCGCACCGGCCGCAAGGAGGCCAACUACUACGGCUCGCUGACGCAGGCGGGCACCGUUAGCCUGGGCUUGGACGCCGAGGGCCAGGAGGUGUUCGUGCCCUUCAGCGCACUGCUGCCCAUGGUGGCACCCGACGACCUCGUGUUCGACGGCUGGGACAUAUCGUCGCUGAACCUGGCUGAGGCGAUGAGGCGUGCACAGGUGCUGGACUGGGGGCUGCAGGAGCAACUGUGGCCACACUUGGAGGCUCUGCGCCCUCGGCCCUCCGUCUACAUCCCCGAAUUCAUCGCAGCCAACCAGAGUGUUCGAGCUGACAAUCUCAUACUGGGCACGCGCGCACAGCAGCUGGAGCAGAUCCGUAGGGACAUCCGUGACUUCCGAUCCAGUGCUGGGCUAGACAAAGUCAUCGUGCUGUGGACCGCAAACACGGAGCGCUUCUGCGAAGUCAUCCCCGGCCUCAAUGAUACUGCUGAGAACCUGCUGCGUACCAUCCAGCUGGGCCUGGAGGUGUCGCCCUCCACUCUGUUUGCUGUGGCCAGCAUCUUGGAGGGCUGUGCCUUCCUCAACGGGUCCCCACAGAACACGCUGGUGCCUGGGGCGCUUGAGCUCGCCCGUCAGCGACGUGUCUUCGUGGGUGGAGAUGACUUCAAGUCAGGCCAAACCAAAGUCAAGUCCGUGCUGGUGGACUUCCUUAUCGGCUCUGGCCUCAAGACCAUGUCCAUCGUGAGCUACAACCACCUGGGCAACAAUGACGGGCAGAACCUGUCAGCACCGCCACAGUUCCGUUCCAAGGAGGUGUCCAAGAGCAGCGUGGUAGACGACAUGGUGCAGAGCAACCCUGUGCUCUAUGCACCCGGCGAGGAGCCCGACCACUGUGUGGUCAUCAAGUACGUGCCAUACGUGGGCGACAGCAAGCGCGCGUUGGAUGAGUACACCUCGGAGCUGAUGCUGGGCGGCACCAACACGCUGGUGCUGCACAACACCUGUGAGGACUCCCUCCUGGCCGCACCCAUCAUGCUGGACCUGGUGCUGCUGACCGAGCUGUGCCAGCGCGUGAGCUUCUGCACCGAUGCCGACCCAGAGCCGCAGGGCUUCCACUCCGUGCUGUCCCUGCUCAGCUUCCUAUUCAAGGCGCCACUCGUGCCGCCGGGCAGCCCUGUGGUCAAUGCGCUCUUCCGCCAGCGCAGCUGCAUCGAGAAUAUCCUCAGGGCCUGUGUGGGGCUCCCCCCACAGAACCACAUGCUUCUGGAGCACAAGAUGGAGCGCCCUGGCCUCAAGCGAGUGGGGCCUAUGGUUGCUGCCUGCCCUGUGCCCUGCAAGAAAGGACCAGCGCCAACUGCCCCCAAUGGCUGUACGGGUGAUGCCAAUGGGCACUCGCAGGCUGAGGCACCCCAGAUGCCCACCACUUAAGGCCAUGGCCAUCCUUUUCCCACCAAACUGUUGCCUCUGUUGCCCCUCAGGACCCAACCCUUCCAAGACCCUAAAGACAAUAAAACCAGUGCUACAAUCA